AUGAGUCUGGUGUCUAAGCGGUUCCACCGGCUUGUCACGACGCCUCACGCCUGGCGCAUUGCCUUUGCCAGGUACUUUCCUGGGUCCGAGGCUUUAGAUGAUGGGUCCCGCAAGGCCACAAGAGACAUUGUGUCUGAUGUUGAAAGAGCGCAACGCAGGAGUUUUACGCGACUGUCAGCUCUCUCUUCUUGGAGGAGCGAAUAUAUCCUCCGAACACGUCUAUUGCGUUCCCUGGGGCGAGGGAGACCUGCUCUCGAAGCGGUCGCUCGAUCGGAAGCCUCCCGCCAUGCAAACAGCCGAGCGGCUGCUGCAGUCACCACGUACGCGUCGGGCUUGUACUAUCCUGUCAGCCAUCUCCACGCUACGUUUGGCAUUGGCCUGAACAAAAGACAACCCUCGUUCAUGCACGGCGCCGUCGAGCAGGGAGGAGUUACGGUCAGUGAGCCAAGCACCGGGAAGCCAGGCCCUUGGGGGUUGACCGACUUUGAGGCGUUCAAGCAUUUCGCAGACCACUUCCCGGGCGAGUUACCAUAUGGAAUAGGAGCGGGGGAAGUGGUCGGCAUGCCGAAUGUGAUGGACAUCAGCCAGCCUUAUGGAAAGGUGUAUGGGGAAGCGUGCCCUGGCGGACGCCUCUUCUACACCUCCACUAGCGAGCAGCGCGGCCGCUUCGUUCCCACCGUAUCUACUGCGAACCAUUCCCUCGGCAUCCCGGAGGUGACAAUGAUUGGGUGUUCAGUAACCUCAGUCUGGAUUGCAAAGUCUGAGGCCGUCCUAAAAAGCACAAACGGGCUAUUUGGCUUUCUCGCGGGAUUUUCCAACGGUGUCCUCAUCUCUUAUGCGCUUGGUGUCAAUCCUGUCCACGAUCGUCGGUACGAAAAGGGAGAACCCACUGCAAAGUGGGCGCUCUGUCCGGGCGUUCCAAUUAUCGCCAUCUCCAUUGAUGAGAGAGUAUCCUCGCGUCGGCUUACUUCGCGCCGUAUCUGGGCGACAGUUCUCAACGCGCUGGGAGAAGUCUACUACCUUACGGAAACCCCGACAAGACCGGAGUUCGCUGGUAAGGCCACGGCGGAUGAUACCGACCGACUAGCGUGGCAGACUGGGAGGAGUGUGGAGUGGUCUUUGGUCGAGGCUACACGAAGAAAGGCGCGGCCGGACCCCUUUGGUGCUGUACAAGUGGAUGGCAGCUAUACACCGCGCACUUCCAGCGACGCAUCUGGGCUGAGCAAGGAUCAAGUCAUUGCGGAAACCAAAGAGAUUGAGAAAUUCUUGGUACACAAACCAAAGGAUUUUCAGGGCCUUUGCGAGGGGUGGGACAUGCGACGGAAGAUGUUGGUCGAUUUUGCUGGAGACGAUCGUCAUGAUGCUGGAGAAUCCAUUGUUGUAGUCGAGUGCGGCCAUGACGAAGGUGUACCGGCGUCUAUCCGACGCUUCACGCGCUGCAAAACCAAGAUUGCCGUCGACAAUGAGCUUGACAGCUGGCCAACAAUCGAGUCGACCGUCGCCCGAAAAUCGAUAUUUGGUGGCGUACAUGAUGGACUGUCAUCCCCAGCAUCGAGAAGCAUACCUAGGUCACGCACGUCCAGUCAGGACGACGGCCUCGACUCAAAGUUCAAGGAGGAUUGGCGCGUGUCGCAGUUCGCCUUUGCCGAACACAAGAAUAUUCGAAUCUCUGCCGUGGCGGGAGACGAGUCUGAAUUUGCAAUGCUAACCAUCAAUGAAGAUCCUCUUCUGGGAAUGUCAGGUGGAUCGACGGCCUCCUCGCCCUUGGCUUCUCCUCUCGGUCAUGUACCGACGGCAAGCUCACCCUCUGAAAUCCCUGGACAUCGAGCUCGACUGAUGGGUGUUGGUACCAUGUCAGGUGUUGUCAUGCUUUGGGACAUGCGUAGCACUGUCCCACCCAGUUCCGCCAUUACCAGCACCGUCCAGCCAGUCCGGAUCAUUUACUCAAGGUCACCUCAGAUUGCUUCCCUUGCAUUGACUUCGUUGUAUGUUGUUCAUGGGGGCAAUGACGGCCUAGUUCAAGCUUGGGAUCCACUGGCCUCGACCAAUGAACCGAUUCGGACGCUCAAUUCACGAUUCUCCGAUCGAGCCCGACGAAGGAUCGCUCAAGCCGAGGCUACAGCUCAAGGCGUAGGCAACAACUACUAUGCUGCAGGGGCGAUUAUCCUUGAUCCCGAUCCGACAGCGUUACGUGGGAUGGUCUCCUUGGGUGCUUACCUCCGUUACUGGUCGUAUAGCUCGACGGCGGCUGAUGCGUACAAGAGCCGCAAGAGGGGUCAACUGCGCCGACGAUCUGAGAGAGGCAGUAAUUCCACGCCGGCCAGUCAAAAGGUCAGCGCCACUGCCCGAGGGUUACUGAAAGACCACAUUCUCAACGAAAAGUUCGAAAUGGAGAGGGAGCAAAUUGCCAAGCAGAAAGAAGACGAACGCUUGAGCGGCAGAUUCGGCACCACCCUUCUCGGAGAGGGCGCUAGCGAAGAGGAGUUGCUCGCCUAUGCCACCCUGCUUAGUGAGGAGGCAUUUUCGGCAGAUGAGAUGAAGAGAAAGGUCGACCAUGGCAGCAGCUCGAUUUCGUCACCUAAACUUCACGAGGUCGACGUUCAAACAAAGGAAAGCGGUCCUUCGACAACAGAUGCUGAAUUGGAAGAAGCCAUCCGUCUAAGCUUGUUGGACACUGAACAAGUAUCUUCAUCUCCACAGGGUAGCGAGUGGGGAUUCGAUAUACCCAUACGGUACGCGAAAGGAUCUAAACAUGGCACACCUUCACGCAACCCCAAAGCUGGCAGCAGCAAGGCUCCUGUGACUGCUGCCGAGGAUGAUGAUUUGGAAUUUGCCCUCCAGCUCAGUCUUGCGGAGGCCGAGAGUCGCCAGAUGGACGAGCAAGACUUUCCGGCUCUGUCUGGUUCGUCUAGUCCUACAUUUGAAGAUGUGGGAAAGGGGAAGGGCAAGUCGAGGCUUCGGUGA